UGGAUUGCCGUUCUAGGCUCUUUCCUCAUCCAUAUGUUCGUGUUUGCACCCACAGAGUUUGCAUUCGGUGUGUUUGUACUUCACUACCAAGACGUAUUCCCGAGAGCUGCAGCAUCUGAGAUUGCGUUUGUAGGGACGACAGGCUCAGCCAUCACAUAUAUUGCAGGGUUUUUGGCUGGGAUUGUAGCAGACCGCUUUGGCUUCAGACCUACGGCCUUUGCUGGGACAGUACUCAUGGCCAUGUCCCUCAUUGCGGCAUCAUUUUCAUCGCAGCUUUGGCACUUGUAUGUGACCCAAGGUCUAUUUUUUGGCGUUGGGGCUUCUUUAACCUACUAUCCUGCUAUUGCAGCUCCUUCGCAAUACUUUGUCAAGAACCGUGGACUAGCCAUCGGGAUUGCAGUCUCAGGCACAGGGUUGGGUGGCUUUGCUCUUGCCCCCCUUACAAAUGCACUUAUCAGUAAGGUUGAUGUAUUUUGGACACUACGGAUCCUCGCAAUCAUGAUUUUUAUUAUGGCCAAAAAUGACAGGGUCAAGGUUGAGAUAGAGGAGAAGCCGUCAUUCUGGCAGGCUCUCCAUAUGUUCAAAGACGUUCGGUUCUUGACGUUGACCAUGGCAGAAGUGGCAGCCUCGCUCGGUUACCUCAUCCCAUUGUAUUACAUGCAGACGUACGCUGUAUACAUUGGCUUAUCAGCAGACGAAGGUGCUUUGAUCCUGGGCCUAUCGAAUGGGUCGUCCUUUGUAGGGCGUAUUCUGCUGGGGAUCAUUGCUGACAAAGUCUCUAACACAAAGACCUUGUUGUUCUGCUGUUGGGCCACUGCGUUCUCUGUCGUCGUUUUCUGGCUUAAUGCAAAGUCCUUUGGCAUGCUUUUACUAAUGGGCGUGACCUUUUGCAUGUUUGUUGGCGCCUAUAUAUCUCUGGUGCCUGUUGCAGUUGCCGAGUCAUUCGGU